AUGGCGGGCCAGUCCAAAGAAGCAGCUCUGCCGCCGUGGGGCUAUGCCGUAGCGGGUGCUGCCGGUGCGGUUCUCGCCAACGCGCUGGUAUACCCUUUGGAUAUCGUCAAGACGCGCCUCCAAGUCCAAGUGAAGGGCGCCAAAUCCAAAGGCGAUACAGUCGUCGACCCCACCGAGGAGCAGCAUUACAACUCUACCUGGGACGCCAUAAACAAAAUUGUGCAAGAUGAUGGACUUGCCGGUCUGUAUGCCGGCAUGCCGGGGUCGCUCCUUGGUGUUGCGUCCACCAAUUUUGCGUACUUCUACUGGUACACAGUCGUCCGUACGCUCUACAUAUCGAGCCAGAAAGUUUCCAAGCCACCAAGCACCGCCAUCGAGCUCAGUUUAGGCGCUGUGGCCGGAGCGGUCGCGCAGUUGUUCACGAUCCCCGUUGCUGUGGUAACAACCCGGCAGCAAACCCAACCCAAGUGGGAGAGGAAGGGCCUCAUCGAGACGGGGCGCGAGGUCGUGAACAGUGAGGAUGGUUGGACCGGGUUGUGGAGAGGUUUGAAAGCCAGCUUGGUGCUGGUGGUCAACCCCGCCAUUACUUAUGGCGCCUACCAAAGGUUGAGGGAGGCUAUAUUCCCGGGAAAGACCACCCUCAAGCCCUGGGAAGCAUUCCUACUUGGCUCUCUCUCCAAGUCUCUUGCGACAAUUGCGACGCAGCCUCUGAUUGUUGCCAAAGUUGGCCUUCAGUCCAAGCCCCCUCCAGCGCGGAACGGCAAGCCAUUCAAGUCCUUCAUUGAGGUCAUGGCCUUUAUCAUCGAGAACGAUGGGCCACUGGGUCUCUUCAAGGGCAUCGCCCCGCAAAUUUUGAAGGGUUUAUUGGUGCAAGGGUUCCUGAUGAUGACCAAGGAGCGCAUAGAACUGCUCUUCAUUCUCCUCUUCCGCUACUUGAAGAAGGUUCGCGCAGAGAAGCUGCAGAAGCUGGCGGACAAGGCGGCAGACAAGGCGGCAAAGGUGGCACCAAAUAUGACUGAACACGUCAAGAAGGUUUCCCCUAUCGCGAUGAAAUAG